UACGAUUACAUUAUGCACUAUCCACACAGACGCUACUCUUUACAUGACUCGGACCCUCAGGAUGAAGUGCAGGCUGUCUUCUCUGUGCCGCUAUCGAUGAUUCAGAGAACGAGCUGUCGUUGUAGGUUGACCUCUUUGCUUAUCUUGAGUGGUUGGGGAGGGCCAGGAGGAGAGAAGCCAGCGAGUAAGCAAGACACAUUCCCAGUUGAAGACGGGGUGCUGGAAGAGUGUGGAUUAGAGGAGGAUUCUUAAGAAUCCCUUGCCAUUUUUCUUUUCUGGACUUCUAUUCAUCAAGGCUACUUUUACUCAUAUCUGAUCUCAUCAAGUACACACAUCUAACAGGAGGAUUUCUCAGGAACAACAGUGAUUGAGGGGCUCAGGGAUGUAGUAAGAAGUCAAGGUGCACUGUACACCUUGGAAGAAGGUGAGCAGUGAGACAUGGAUACACGGAUCUUCUUCCAGCAAGCCACGAGGCUGACAAACACGGGUGCCAUACAACUUCUCACUCUCCUUCUGCUGCUUCCAUACACACGGUUCAUGGUUGCUUGGUGGUUACCAUAUUUGCCCCACAUCUCCAGGGUUAGGUGUGUGAUUCCCGUCUGUGUGUGUGUAGGGGUUUGCCUGCUCCCUCCGUGCCUCAGCAGUUCUCUCUGGGUCACUGGCACCAUCUUUGAGGAUUUGUUGCAAAACCAUGCUGAAUAUAAAGAAAACUGUACCAGAACCCUGGUAGCCACCCAACAUACUGUAACUGGAAUAUACUGCAAUGGGACAUUAGACCUUUUUGCCUGUUGGCCACAUUCAUCUCCCGGGAAUAUAUCAGUGCCCUGCCCCCCAUAUUUACCAUGGAUUAAGGAAGGAUUUUCAGGAAAAGUUUAUAAAAUAUGUACUGCUAAUGGAACCUGGAAAACAGAAGAGAAUUCCAGCACUGUCUGGCAGGAUAAGUCAGAAUGUGAAGACCCAGGCUUUUUCAAAAAUAAGGAAGAUGAAGCAUUUCAAAAUUCAGUCUUGAGGAUCCUCUCCAUAGUUGGCUACAUGUUGACCUUGUCCAGCUUGAUUCUAGCUAUGAUUAUUAUGUCAUUUUUGAGGAAGCUUCACUGUACUAGGAACUACAUCCACAUGAACCUCUUUGUGUCGUUCAUGCUUAGAGCUAUGGCAGUCAUUACCAAAGAAAUUGUAAUUUACGUCACACACUCCAACAAGCCCAACGAUGAAGCUGGAUGGAACAACUAUCUGGAUUCUACAAAAGCCCUGCUGUGCAAAGCCUCUGAGGUAGCAAUGCAGUACUUUGUGGCCUGUAAUUACUUCUGGCUCCUGUUGGAGGCGAUCUUCCUUCAUACUCUACUCUUUACUGCUGUGUUGACCAAGAGGAGGUUGCUGAAGAGAUACAUGCUGGUAGGAUGGGGGACUCCUUUUCUGUUUGUGAUACCUUGGACAGUGGCUAAGGCUCUGUAUGAAAAUAAAGGCUGCUGGGUCAUCACUAACAGAUGGAUCUGGUGGAUUAUUAGAGCUCCAAUUACACUGUCAGUUUUUGUUAUUUUCUGUAUAUUUCUCAGGAUCAUAAAACUCCUGCUGUCAAAAUUACAAGCUGACCAAUUACGGUUUACGGACUACAGAUACAGUUUAGCAAGGGCAAUACUGGUGUUGAUUCCAUUGCUUGGGAUCCAUGAAAUCCUGUUCAUAAUCCUAAUAGAUGAAACUAUUGAGGGAAGUCAUCGCUAUGCUCGAAAUUUCAUCAAUUUAACCCUGAGCUCUUUCCAGGGAUUCUUGGUUGCUGUUUUGUACUGUUUUGCCAAUGGAGAGGUCCGCGCUGAGCUGAAGAACAGGUGGCACGUGUUCGUCUCCAACCGCUUGGAGGAUCACAACUGCUUUUCCCACAUGCACCCCAAAUACUUAUGGAAAAAGUCAUUGCAGGGGACUGGACACCCUUCGGAUCACAGUGACUCAUAUGAGGAGCGAAGCCACGCUCCCACACAGACUCAGCUCACUCAGGUGACCAUCCAAUCAGGGGUAGAGUUGUCCUGUGGACAGUGUCCGAGUCUGGAGUUCUACACCAGGAAGCGUCUGUCCAGCAGUGAUGGGGACAUGACUUUGGGUGAGACCAUGGAGGAGAUCCUGGAGGAGAGUCAGUUUUAACUUCCUGCUGCUUCUUACUCUUUCAUAGGCCAGAAGUGCUGGUGAAUUUAUGUAUAAACACUGUUGGGUAAUACUCAUACUCGUUCGUAUUAUUAUUAUUUUUCUUUUACUGAAUAUAGCCAUACACUCCAUCUAAUUGCAUUAGGAUUUCAGCAGCAGCAGAUGAAAAAAAAAAAAUCCUUUGUGUCCUUAUCACUGCCAUUUCCUAGAACAGAUACACUUCUGUUUUAUCAAAUGCUCCAGUCUAAGCCUUCGGAUAAAAGCACUUAACUUACAAUGCAAUGUUGCGUAACUUUUCUUAAGGGAUAUGUAGAUAUUUACAUAAUUAUUUUAGAUGUAGAUACGUCAAGUAACCUUAGCAAGUCUUAAGUUCUGUCUCUCUGAUUUAAAGGAUGUCAUCUGAUGUAAAUACAAUGUGAACUGCCUACCUAUCGAACUGCUACUUUCUAAAUUCUGCUGGUCCUUUGUAUUGCGUGUACAGAAGCACUUUAUCUUAGUUCCUUUUGUAGAUAAAAAAGAGCGUUCAGUUGUCACUUUUCCUUACAAAAAUGCCAGAUAGACAUGAAACCACACACACAGACAUAAAUGUAUAGAUGACUUUAAUGUUUGUAAUAUGUAUCAGAUUCACAGGCUAAGGAAAGGACAAGUCAGUGUCAGUAAAAAUUAUUACCUAGAUUUAUUUGAUCUCCGUCACAAAAAGGCCAGUAUUCCAGUAAUUACAAAAAUACACAUUGGUCAUUGCUACAUAUUACAUACAACUCUAUAACAUGAACAUUUCUUUCAUUUCUUUCAUUUAAUAAAACUUAGAGAUAACUUAUCUACACUUCUAAGUGAAUAAAAUAAUACACAUCUAAUGCUAAACAGCUGAACCAGAGAACUGAUGGACAAAAAAUGUAAAAAUAUUUCUAGAUGGAAACUGUGUAUGUAGGAUGUUUUUUAACGAAUGGCUGCGUGUAUAUUGGGCAUACCUGUAUAUUGUGGACAGACA